UUGCGCUCCAUCACCACUUGACACACAACACAUAAUCAGUCGUGGCAUGCCUAUGCAUAUUCCAAUACAGCAAACAGCCAGCAAUUUAACCUGUGAGAUUGGUGCUAUUCAUCAGACCUGCGGUGAAACAACCAACGAAGGUGUUACAGAUAUAUCUGACACAAUGGCAAAUGCGCUACAUAUUAAUAAUAAUACUAAACAAAAUAUUCAAACCGAAACUCUCGAAAAUGCUAAAAUUAUGGACAACCAAGUCCCACCCCCUUAUUCUGUUAUUCUGCCGCCUGGAUCGUUCGUUCAACAUAUUGGAGGAAGUGUUCCUCCACAAGCAUAUCAUCAAUUCAGUCCUGCUCUUUCUGGUGGGAUGUCUCAAUUUCAUCCUGUGUAUCCAAUCAAUGUAUUAUCGUCAAGAGAUGCAUUGCAUUCAAACCAAGCUUUUAUUCAAGUUCAACAACAACCAACUGUCGAUCAAAAUAUGCAAAGCCGACCACCGUCAAAUAUACCAGAAGCACCAUGGUCCAAUCAUCCGUCCACAAUUCCACCUAAUCCCCCAUUUUACUGGGGUCAUUUUAUGACAACUACGGACAAAGCUCAUGGUAUUGCUUUGGCAUCACAACCUUUUAUGCGUCGUCAUUCAAUCAUGGAUGAUUCAGCAGUCGUUACUCCAACAAAUGUCUGCCCACCUUGCAAUCUUGCUGGAAUUGUUUCUGCCACACCAGAGUUCAUUCAUCCGAGAAAACCAGAUGUUCCUCAAUGGUUGAUGUCUCCACCUGUAGGAGAGCAGGAUCCAAGUAUCAUCAGCUAUGCUCCUAUGAUGUAUCACAAUGUUAGAGUACCUUCUGUUACUGGCAUUGCAAUCCCUGUUGUAGGCCCUAUGGGUACUGGUGUAGCAGUCGGUAAUCAUAUAAAUGGCACGGAGCCACCAAAAAUUGAUUCACCCGCUCUUGUAGUAUCUCCUGUUCCGUUUUACGAGAACUCUCCCAUGCCUAUGCAGCAGCAGACUCAUAUUCAGGAUGUACCUCGAGAUAACGGCAAUUGUGAUGUUUUCUGUGAUCAAUCUAUGCAAGCAAAUGAUCAUCCGCCUCCUCCAGUUAAUGUAAUGCAGUUUGAGCAACACAAAACACUUUUGAAGCCGAGUGACUUUUUGUCUUCAAAAAUAUCACAGGAUGAUGUUGAAUCCACUGGUCAACUUUUAGCCCCAAACGAUUUUGAUUCUGGUUACGACAGUCGUGACACAGAAGUUUUAGAUUAUUUAUGUGACAGGAAAAUGUCUAAAAAUACAAUUAAACAACAUCAACAAGAUGAAAUUUUCUUGCGUUCCAAAUCGCUGUUAAUGAUAGAUAAUUUGAUACAAGGUCAUGCUAAAUUUCAAAAAUCUGUUGAUUGUCACGCAACCAGGUAUAACAGAAUAAGCCAUAAAAAACCUGAAGAGAUAAUAUCUCAAAGUCUUGGUAUAGUAAAUCCAAUGCAAUCGAAUGCUGUCGAUGUUGCAACACAAACACUUUCAAACUACGCAUUGAGAAAAAGACAGAAAAACGAUACUAAACUUUUAUACACAUAUCUAUUAAAUGCUGCCAUUAAUCUUUCUGCCGCUUCCAACCAGUUUUUUAAUGGCAAUUUGAACAGUGUCAAACAUUGUACGAAACACAAAAAGUGUGCCUUUUCACAUCGAAGAUGCUCCAGAUCCAACCACAAUUGUGUGUGUUCAAUGAAGCAUGCGAUGGGUCCUCCAUUGUUUAAAAGAGUUGCAGAACUUCAACAACAACCUCAAUGUUGGCAAUGUGUGGCCAGUGAUAAGACACCAGAAAUAAAGCAUCCAACACCAGAUUUGUUUAACAGAUGGCCAAACAUACCACCACCACCUGCUCCACCAGCAGAGGAUGAUGACUGCCAAAGUGUUUGCAGUUCAAAUCAAUUGGUUGCUGAUGCAUUGCCUCUUGCUGCUGCUCUAUUUCACAAUGAACCGACUGAAUGUUGCCAGAAUAUUAAUCAGGAUGAGGAGCAACAAAUCCCACCAACUUAUCCCAUCGGAGUGUUCUGGGAUAUUGAGAAUUGUGCAGUUCCUACUGGCAAAUCAUCAUUGAGUAUUGUACAGCGAGUCAGAGAGAGAUUUUUUGCAGGGCACAAAGAGGCUGAGUUCAUGUGUGUUUGUGACAUCAACAAAGAAAGUCGUCUUGUCAUACAAGAUCUCAAUAAUGCUCAGGUUAACGUUGUUCAUAUAAAUGCAACGGCAAAGAACGCAGCCGAUGAUAAAUUAAGACAGAGUAUCAGACGAUUUGCUCACAACCAUCCUGCUCCUGCUACACUAGUUCUUAUCACAGGUGAUAUCAAUUUUACAUCAGAAGUUAGUGAUCUCCGACACAGACAUAAAUAUUUCGUUGUUCUUAUUCAUCCAGCAAAUGCGAGUCCAUCUUUGAUUCAAGCAGCUACAACUGUCAUCUGCUACGAACAUCUUGUUGCUGAUCUACCAAUUGUGCAUGUUUCUCCAAAGACGUCACCUGAAUCACCGCAACCACAAUUACUUGUUUCCAAUCUUCCAAUGAACAACGAUGCAAAUGCAGUACGGAUGAGAUUACGUCAGUUAUCUGAUAAUUGUGGAGGCAAAGUUGUCAAGUUAUCUAUGGGAACUGCUGUGUUGAAAUUUGCUACCGCUGAUGCUGCCAACAGAGCCCUCAAGAGACUUGACGGAGAAGAUGUUUUUGGUCAUUCCAUCAAAGUCUCAGUUCUUCAUCAAAGUCCACCAAACAUGAAUGCUUUCAAGAAUGGGAAACCGUAUCAAAAUAACUUUUCCAACUUUUCACCAGCACGACAUUAUAACAAUGGAUAUCAUAGCAAGCCAAAGAAUCGAACUGAUAAUUUCAACAUUCAAGAAAGAUCUGAAUCAAUUGUUCCUACUUCUGAUCAUCAAAUCAAACCAACUAUGAAUCUUACUCCAGGUCAUUGUGAUCUGCCAGCAAAUCUCAGACCACCUUUUCAGCCCCAUCCCCAUUACCAGACACCUUUUAGCAUCGGUCCACCACCCUUCCCUAUGCCUCCUGUACUAAACCCACCGCCUGUCCCGUACAACCGGGUAAGGCAUUCCCCUGUUUAUCAACAUUCAGAUUAUAACCCUAUGCCUCCCCCGCCACCCCAGCCUCAACUAUUUCAACCCCCAAAUCCAGAACGAAAAAUCAUAGAUAACCAAGACAUUGGAGUAAAACUGACUAUAAGUAACAUCGAUGCUCAGAUUGGUAUCAACUCUAUUCAAGAUUGUCUUCUGAAACAGAUAACCGAUCAUUGCAAGAUAUUGAAUAUGAAAGUGCGCCCUCACAAUCGUUUUACUGUUGUUUGUGAUGUCAUUGUACCACACGUUCAAGAUGCGUCAAGAGUUUUACAACAUUUACAAAGGCAGAAGAUUGGUACGAAACGUGUUCUUGUGACUCUUGCACAACAAAAUGGAGAAGAAUUUGGACCAGAAGAAGCAUCUUGUCUUAAGAGAGAUUGUUACAUCUUAUUGAAAGAUUGUGUUGGAAGAAGAAUGGCUUUGUACAGAUUUUUCAAUUUAUAUGAAAAGAGAUUCGAACACAAGAUAAGGUUAGAUGAAUUGAAACAAAUACCAGAUGUUGUUCUGUUUCGUGAUGGAUCGUCUGGGAGAGAAAUUUAUAUAAAUCCUCAGAUCAAGGAUGAGUCAUCUCUUGAACAAAUAAUCACAUCAUGUCCACGUAGUGGAAGGAGCACACCUGACAUUAAUCAUGACUUUCUUCUACCUGUUUGUAAAUUGCAUUAUCCUACUGAUACUCCCAGACCACCAUCUGGUGAAAGUGGAGAUUUAUUGAAAAUUGAGAUGGGUCUUCGAGAAUUUUCUGCCAAACUUCAUGCAUUACUUCAUUCCCAUAAUGGAAUUCUUCAAUUAGAUGGUUUUGAACACUGUUAUCGUGCUGAAUAUGGAAUAUUUCCAUUUCCUGCUGACAUAGAAGGAGGUGUUAUUGUAGAACACCAAGCAUCAUAUGUACCAGGAGUUCAAAUCAUCACAUCUCAACCUCAUUGCCUCGGAGUAAAAGCAAUAGUAUGGGCUCAACCACAAAGUGACACAGGGUCAGACACAGCAAGUGACACAUCUGGAGCUUCAAGAUGGAAAAGUCCGAAUUUAAUUCAUUUUAGUCGAGAAGUCGUAGAGCUACUCAAGGAUCUGCCAUACUGUUGUCUGCCAUAUGAUAAAUUUAAUUCAACUUAUCAAAGAACAUUCGGACAUGCAUGCAGAGUAGCUGAAUAUGGAUUCACAAGAUUAUCUGACUUACUUGCAGCAAUUCCUCAUGUUUUACAGAUAAUGGGAAGUUUGUCAAACCGAAUACUGACGUUGACACAUCGAGCUCAAGUGAAAAGAUUCACGCAAGAAGUUGUUAAAAUCUUAAAAUCGACGCCAGAUCGAGCUAUAUUAGUUGCUCAGAUGCCUGAACUAUAUAACAGAACAUUCAAUCGAGCUUGGCGUCUUCGUGAUUAUGGAGUUAGUGUUCUAUCUGAUUUACUUGAUGAUAUUCCAGAAGGUCAUAUUUGUACAACAGGCGAAGGAGAUAAUAUUGUCUUAUCACUGCCAAUCAGAGAGCGAACCCACGAAGAGAAAGAGAGAACAAAUCAAUUUGCAAGAGAAGUUGUCAAAAUAUUGCGAACUCGUCCUCAUUAUUGUAUGCCGUUCACUGAUUUUGUGCCGACUUAUCACAGACAGUUUGGACGACAAUGUAAACUUGCUAAUUAUGGAUUUACAAAAUUGAUAGAUUUGUUUGAAGCUUUACCGCAUGUUGUGCAGGUUUUAGAAAGGGGGACUGAAAAGCUUAUUGCGCUGACCGAUACGGAACAACAAAAGAUAUUGAGCAUUCAAAUAACCAGUAUAUUGAGAGCACAAAUUCCGCCAGCCUUAUCAAUGCUUCCAAAUCGUUCUACUGAUAACGGCCAUAAAAAUAAUCUCGAUGGACCUACAUUGCCACUAGCCUGCGUUCCAGCUCUAUUUCAGCAAAAAUAUGGAUUUCCUCUCGUUCCACAGGAUUUUAAUGCCGUUGACAUCGAUGAUUUGAUGAAAAAAUUAUCUCAUGCGAUUAAGGUUGUUGUCAACAAAGCCGGAGAUAAAAUGGUGAAACUUGCAGAACGUAAACCAAUUCGUCUUCUAUCUGCUCAGUUACUUGCAUUAUUACUUGAUCAGACAUCAGAUCAACUUGAUGUUGAACAUCUGCACGCAAUGUAUAUGGAAAGAUUCAAGGAGAAUAUCGAUCCAUCAGAAUACGGAUUCCUUUUAUUUUCUGACAUCAUAAGAAAAGCAUUACCUGGAGUAGUAAAGAUGGAUUUGGAUGCACCUGAAUGCCUUCAUUUGAAACCACUUUAUAAUGAAGCAAGAUCUAUCAGAUCAGUAUUACUGAAAAAUAAUGGAACAAUGAAUAUGGGAGAAUUCAAUUUUGCAUACUUGACGACAUUUCAAAGACCAGUUGAUUUUGAAAGAUAUGGAUUUCCUACAUUUGAAUCUCUGCUUCGUGCUUUACCAAACGUUCUUGUUGUCAAAGGAUUUGGUGCCAAUCGAACAUUGACUCUGAGAAAUCAUAUGCAGUUUGGUCCCCUGACAGCAACAUCAGUCAGAGGAGACAAAUCAAAUGAAAAAACUAUUUGUGGAUCGGCUAGCAUGGAUGAUUUGCAGGUUCGAAUUAUAUUCACCAAAUAUUUUAACUUUAAGUUUGCUGAACAGCUGGAAAAGCAAUGGAUUCAUCUCAGUUCAAUUCUGUAUCCUCUGCUCCGAUUGUAUCACAAAAAUAUGAUGGAAUUUGCACGAGGUAGCAGUAGGAAACAUGAGAAGAAUUUAGUCAAUUCCGCAAGUAUGGGAGAUUUCAAAUCUGAAGAAGAAAAUAAAAGAAGAGAGAGAAUGGAUCCAGAGCGGUCAGCUCCAAACUGGCUUCCGUCCACUCGGCCCACUGUUCCACUGUAUUCUGGAUCUUCUUUCAAAUUUCAGUAUUCCAAACCAAGACUACCUCAUCCUAUGAACACAUUUGCAAAGUCACGUCAUUAUGAGACAAAUUCGUCACCGGUCACGACUUCAUCUUCAAUGUGUAAUUUCAUUAUUGGAGAAUCAAAUUCAAACGAUACUAGUUCGUCCCAAGAAAACCAGGAUACCCCAGUUCGACGAGGUGUAAGUGUCAGUGUAAUCACUCUUCCGAAUGGCAGCACACCUAUUGCAUCAACAUCUUCAUGUAGUUCUGAAUCAACUCCUAAGAGUUGUCGAUCAUCUGAAUCAUCUGUGGAAUAUUCAGAGGAUGGAAUUUGUUCAUCAGAUGAAAGUUAUCCAUCGCAAAAUGCUAUAUCAAACAAUGAUUUUCCGAAAUUGAAUAACAAUGGCAUUUCCAGUUUACCAAAUUCACCGUUUGGGAGAAUAACUGCGACUGCGUAUGUUGGUCCUCUACCUUCUAUGAGAAGUAAUCAUCAUCGACAUACAGGUUCAGAUCACAGCAGUCCUGGACAACUUCAACUUGCAGCAUCUUUCCCCACACUUUCACAAACGUAAGACAAUAUCAUGGAGAUUCGGUGCAUUUGUUUAAAAUUAGGUACAGAAUACACCAUAUAUAACAAUUUUUUUUUAUGAAAUAUCAUGUGUAGAUAUUUUCCAAACUCUUGCCCUGGAAAAAGAGCGUCUCCGCGGGUUGGUGGUCUCUAGUUGGUUUACAUUUUCCAUAACUAUAAAUUUGAUGAUUUGAAAUUUCAACCACCUGCCAGCCUGAUUAUUUUUGAAAUAAUUUUUUUUUACUGUAGCUAAAUAUUUGCUGUUUCGGAAUAAACAAGGAAAACAAUAAGUUUCUAAAAUGGAUUUACUGUUAACAUUCUUUUUCACCGGCCUCUUAUGAGAAGAGAUGAAAAAAAUUGGUAUUUUCAAGUUAUAAGAUGACCCAGAAAUUGGUCAGAUUCUGUAUUUUUUGUAAUAAAUGGUGUUUUUAGAGACUCUUAAUUUCUCUGUGACUUCUGAAGUAUUUGCAAAAUAUAUUAUUUGAAUUUGAAUCUUAUGCAUGGCAGAAUUCCGAAUUAUUUCAAUAUUGACAUCUUUCUGGAGAGUUUGUGAUCAGAAAGAAAAUUUCACGUAUAGAUCAGAAUCACAAAAAUCUUAGUUUUUAGAAAUUGUAAAAAUUUUGGAGCAAGUGAGUGUAUGGGAGUUUCCACUUUUUUCAAUGCAAAUUUUGCUGUUUUCCACAAGUAUUGUGCCUAGCACAUAUUUUUUAUCAGAAACAAUCUUCCAGGUGAUCCAAUGUGAUAUUGGAUUGCAUUUUUAGGAAGAAGUGUUGAAUAACUUGUUAAUUAUAUUAAAUUUUCAAUUUUUUUCUAUGCUUGCUUUGCUAUACAAAUCUGCCACAUUCCAUUUUGUGCACUUUUUCCUACUUUGGUGUUGGUUAAAAAUUUAUUUUAUUUAUUCUGAGGUGUAGGUAUGUGGGAAUUGGUGUUUACAUUUGUUUUUCAAAUCAUUUUCUAAUUUACUGUGUCAAGAAAUCAUCAUCUUUUCAUUUAAAUCGUAAAAUAAUUACAUGUAUUUUAAAAAAAUAUUCCAAGAAAUGUAUUUCACACUUCUGAUUAAAUUGACAUAAUGUAGUAAUAUUUUAUCUCUUAUGAUGUGUAUUUUUCACUCUAAACUUUAUUCAUCCGCAACAAUUUGGUUCAUUCUAAAUUUGAAACCAAUGUUAUCUCUUGCCCAAUGUACCUAGUCAGUUUUUGAAUUAAAUGUUGAAAAAUAUUUAUGUCAACAUGGAAAAUAGACUUCAAUUAACCAAUUAACCAAGAUUAACUUAAGCAUCAUUGCUGUUCUAAACAUCUAUUGUUCUACUGUUGCUCAAGCAUGAACAAGGUGACAAUUUGCUCACUUUUUCAGGAGCGAAUAUAUUACAUUGCUGCUAUUUUGUAACUUUUUCUAUAUUUCCACUUUGUUCCUGUGUCACUUUUUAUAAAUGUAUCCUUCAUAGAUUCAAAUAAUCUGUGCAUGUUGUAUGAUCGAGCAAGUUAUAUCAUUGCUAGUAACCUCAAUACACAAAAGCCAGGUUAGACCUUUUUCAAUUUUUUCAAUAAUUUUUUGUUAUGCAAAAAAAUCUGGACAUACGCUGUUAAAUUGUUGACAGCUAUGUAUCUUCCUGGAAAAUUUUUCAUGUUUUUGUUCCAAGCAUAGCUUUUAUUUCGUAGGGAACUACUGGGUUUUCGAAGGGAUAUUUUCAGUUUGACAUUAUUCUUAAUCAUCAUACCCUUAAAACUUAAUUUGCUAUUAAAAUAUGUCUCUUGUAUGAGUCACUGGAAAUUAUGUUGUUUUAGGGUAAUAUUUUGAAUCUGUAUUUUCUUAUUUUAAAAUCAAAUUUGGACUUUUUCCAAUUUGUUUGGAAAUUGAAGAGAUUUUGUAUUCAAGAAAUGUGACAAUUUUUCAUGAUUAUUGCUCUAAAUUUUUUGUCUGUAUGAAUAUGAGAGUGCUGUACUUGCGUGGCUGUUUUUUACUAUUCAAGCUAUUUAUUUUUCUUCUUCCAUUAGCAUGGUGUUCACACUUUGAAUUUUAUUAUUUUCUUUUUUCUUCAAUAUUUUGAUAAAAUCGGUAACUGCUUUUUUCAUCAGUGAAAGAUUAUCUUACAAGAUCUAGCUGAUAUCAUAUAUAACUCACGUAUGCCAAGCAUGAUGCAUGGAUAGGGCAGGCUUGUCUCCUUCACCCUGUGUAUGUGUAUGAGAUUCAGAAUUUUGUAUCUGGAUGAAUAUGUUUGAAUCAUGGUACUAUAUUUGCGUAAUUAUCUUUGCAGAUUUGUCAGAAAAGUUUUUGUAGUUGAUCAAAUAUACCCCCUUUUUCCAAGUCUACUUUUUCUCCAUAUCAUUUAUACUGAAAUUCUCUAUUUUUGUCGACAUAUUGUAGCAACUUUUUUGAUCUAAAUAUCUUCUUCACUUCUUUGUUUCGUGUUUUAUCGAGUAAGAAUUUGUCAGAAUCGUAUUUUAAGGCGAAAAUGUACUUAUGUACAACAACUUUGAGCUUUUUGCAUUAUUUGAUUACAAUCUCUCACGCUUCAGUGCUCGAUCAAGCAUGUUUGAUUCUGCCACCUUUUCUUUCGUGCUUGAUCGAUCGAGUGUGACCUGAAGCGUUGUUGUUAAGCUAAAUUAUCGAAAAAGAAAAACCAUCAAAUUAA